AUGCAUUUUAUGGCAGGCCUUGCAGGCAGUCGCAGUCUGGGACCCUUGGGCUUCCACAGCACCCCUCAAGCUCUGUACAUGGUCCUCUUAUUAGUGCUGGUCAUGAUGUGCUUCGUGUUUGGUCAGUUUGAUCCUGUCAAUCAAGAGCCCCCUUAUCCAGUUCAGUUUCCCCGAUACCUGCGCUGCUAUCGGUGCCUCUUGGAGACCAAAGAGCUGGGAUGCCUUCUGGGAUCUAACAACUGCCUGGCCUCUCCUGGUGGCAGUUGCAUGACUCUCAUCAUCAAGAACAGCAGUGGUCCUGACAUCAUGGUGAGUGACUGUCGCCACAAGGAGCAGAUGAGUGAUUGCUCAUAUACCCGUACAUCUCCAGUGUUUGGCUUUUGGAUAUUCUCUCGAUGCUGUUUCCGGAAUUUCUGCAAUAACCCACAGAACAGAGUGUUCUAUACUCCAUAG